ACACAACGCUCAACGUCAAUUUCAUUGAAUUUUUGCCUGUAUUCAAAAAGUGUUUUCAGUUUUCAUUACGAAACGUUUCAACGGAUCUCAAUGAAAUGAAGAAUAUUAUCUUCAAAAUGGAAAGCUCAGUUACAUUGAUGUGUAGUAAAAUCUUAACAAGAAAACAUACUGUACAAAACUGUACAGAGACUACAUUCUGGUUGUCAGAAAGCUAAAUUGUAAUAAGAGUUAAACUGCUUGAGCUGGAAAUUUAAAUUAUUUGUUAUUUCAUUUUUGUCACUAAAUCUAUGGAUUGCUUAAAUUUACCAGACAAUUUUACAUAUUUGCAUAUUUCAAAUAACGAUGAAGAGUGUAUAUUUAGAAUUAAAGAAGUUACUGAUGAGCAAUCAGCUUAUGCCUGGUUAGACUUAUACAGUGAACAAACAAAAAGUACUUGGCGAAAGUCACAGACUUUCCCAAGAUGUGGGAGAUUUAAUGUGUUCAAAGUAAUCUUGCGCUGUGUGCACAAUACAGAUAGAAGAGUAACAGGCUUGCGUACUUCCAAACAUACAGGUUGCAAGGUCAAAAUGACAAUUUCUGUAAAGAAAAUUGUUGAACGUUCUCAAGCUCAAAGCAAUGACCUUCUGACAAAAGAAUAUCCAACAAUUGUGGCAUUGAAAGGAAAUCAUAAUCAUUCUACAUCUACUUGUGAUACAUUAAAAUAUCGAGGCCUUUCUUCUGAAAUUAAGUCAAAGUUUAUAGAAUUGUUCAAAUCAGGGCAUAGCCCUGGAUCAGCCCUUCAGAGCCACAAGGCAGAUUUGCUUAGAAAAUAUGGCGAAGACUAUGAGAAAAUCGCUGCUGAUGGCAGGUACUUACCAUCUUAUUCAAUAGUUCAUAAACUAUUUAAAAAUGAGUGUAAAAAAGAAGAUAAAAAUCCUGCAGGUGAAAAAAAUGCAUUUGAAGCCUUGGAAAAAUUAGUAAAUAAUUAUGCAGAAAAGACAAGUGCUGUUGCCAAAUUCAAUUUCAGUUCCGAUAAUGAACAUUAUUUUAUUAUCUUGUGUACGCCAAUGAUGCUGCGAGCUCAUGAAAAAUUGUCACAAACAAGUGAGUUAGUUAUGCUAGAUGCAUCCAGGAAUGUUAAUCAAGAUGAACAUCAAAUUUACUUUUUUGUGACAUCUUGUGCAGCUGGUGGGAUUCCGAUUGGCAUUAUAAUAACAGAUACAGAAAAUGAAAGUGUUUUUAUUGAAGCUCUGCAGUGUUUCAAGGACAGCCUGCCGAAAUAUGCAUUCUUUUCAGAGCAGUAUCCUCAGCUAUUUAUGAUAGACAAUGAUCUAGCUGUAUUUUCUGGGUUAAAAUGUGUCUUCCCUUAUUCCAAACUGUUACUAUGCCAUUUUCAUGUGUUGAAAACUGUUUGGAAGUGGCUCUCUGAUUCAAGUCAUAAUAUAGAGCAAGAAAACAGGCAAGAGCUAUUCUUUAAGUUUAGAAAACUCUUAUACUCGCAAGAUGGAGACACGGCUAAACAGAGUUUGAAUGCAUUAGUUGAAAGAGCUACACAGCUAAAACUCGAUAAUUUUAUUUUAUCGAUUACAAAUUUCAUGGAACAGGAAAAAAUGUGGAUCAACUAUUAUCGGGAAGGUUCGCCAACUAAUGGCACCAAUGCCUAUGCUGAACUAGUCUUUCGUCUUAUGAAAGAUUGCAUGAUGGAUAAAGUAAAAUCAUUCGGCAUCAUUCAGCUUGUAGAAUAUCUUGUCUCUCAGCAUGAAAUGUAUUACACACAAAGAUUGAUUGACAUUUGGGAUGGAAAGCUUACAAAUACUGUUCUAGAAAAAAUGAUACCGCAUCAAAUACCGGAAAGUUUCCUCAUUCAGGUAAAGGGCUUUGGAAUAUUUUCUGUGACAGAUGAAAAUGAUGAACUUUUUUAUGUAAGUCUUGAGCAGGGGAUGUGCUCUUGCUCCGACAAUAGUAAAGAAUUGUGUAGACAUUCUUCAGCAGUAUUAUUGAAAUUGGAUAAUGAUAUUAUAAUGGCACAUGAUAUUGCAUCAACAGAAGAUAAAGAAAGGACUUUUUAUAUUGCAAAGGGAGUAUCACCACAAAAUGAUAAGUAUUCUUCGCUACAAAAAAGUUCACUUAAAGUGUUAGAACAAUCAAAACAACCAGAAGCAAACCUGUCAAAAGUUGAUACAAAUCUAACACACUUCCCAGAAAAAGAUGCCAUUACAGUUGCUCAACAUGUUGAACCUUUUUCUUCAGAAGAAGUUGAAAAACUGAAAUCAUUUCUUUCACGAAUAAUGGAUGGGCUAAAAAAAGAUCCAAAAAAUUAUGUUCCAGUAGUGCGUGCAUUUUCAAAAAAAUUUAGUGCUUUAACUGAUGCUGAAUUUUUGGCAAGUUUAAGCAAUUUUGGAAAAUAUAAUGGCUGUAAAACACCAAAUAAAAAUAUUCCAAGAAAGCGUCAUAAAUCCAAAAUUACUGUUCAACCAAUUGCAAUUGGGAAAAGAAAUUUAUAUUUAUCACGAGAAAAAAAGCUAUGUACUAGAGAACCAAUUGAAGAAUAAAGAUCAUGAUUGUGUAACAUUUGGACAUUUGUCUUCCAGAAAGAGACAAAUUCCACGUGAUCAAAACAAUUCUAUUUCCAAUGACAAUAGUUUGGAGGAAAAUAAAAAUUCAAGCUUUAA